GCUAGCUGUCGCAGCCUGGAAGGACUAGCGAUGUCGGAUCGGGAAAGCACCGAGGACCAGUCGCAGGGACAAGGGGUCCAGGAGCUGGCUACGAAGACUCUUAGUGUACAGUCAAAGAGAUACUACAUAGAUGUCAAACAAAACAGACGAGGGAAGUUUGUCAAGAUCGCUGAGGUUGGAGCGAGUGGCAGUAAGAGCAGGUUAACCCUUGCCAUGUCCGCAGCUGCCACUUUACGUGAUCACAUGACAGAGUUUAGCGAGCACUACGCCCAGCUCGGUCCUCCCAACCCGGACAACCCCCCAGAGGACGGUAGACUCAAGAGUGAAGUCAUCAUCAAUGAGAACAGACGCUACUACCUUGAUCUGAAAGAAAAUGCUAGGGGAAGAUUUUUAAAGGUUUCCCAGACAAUAAACAGAGCGCGGCGUACUCAGAUUGCCCUCCCUGCCCAAGGAUUAGUGGAAUUCAAAAAUGCACUCACAGAACUCUUAGAUGAGUUUGGUACGGAGAAUGGAGCAGCUGAAGGCCAACCGGAGCUGCCAGAGAACCGUUUUAUUAGAGUCGAAAACAAGAACUUCUACUUUGAUAUCGGCAACAACUACAGAGGUAUCUUCAUGCGCGUUAGUGAAGUACAGCCACGCAAUCAGUACCGUACAUCCAUCACCAUCCCCGAGCGGUCAUGGUCUCGUUUUCGUGACAUCUUCACCGAUUACGUGGACAAGAUGAAGGACCUACGAGCCGCCCCGACCGAAGAGGACGAUCCCGAUCAGGAUCAAGGCGACAUCGAGGGGGAAGGGGACGAGGAGUAAAACCUUGCCGCUGUUGUAUUCAGCUAUGUUCAUCUUGUAAGUACACCACACCCUAACGGGUGUCGACUGGGUGUAAAGAUAUAAUGGAGUGGGAAAGGGGGUAUCGUUCGGGUAUGAGCUUGGAGAGAUUUGCUAUAAUGGGCGUAAUGAUUGGGAUAAGGCGUAUCUGUAGGACUGUGCAUUACAUGAUGGGCGUAAUGAGUGGGUAACUAUAGGCGUGUCUAUAGGACUGUGCGUUAAAUGAUGGGCGUAAUGAUUGGGAUAAGGCUGCAGUACAUGACGGGCGUAAUGAGUGGGUAACUAAAGGUGUAUCUAUAGCACUGUGCAGUAAUUGAUGGGCAUUGGGGCCUGCUAUAGACAGAUCUUUCUAGGGUGUUGCGGUUAUGAAGGGAAGACAGUCUAUGACUGGAUGUACUUGGAGUUUUGUAGGGGGAGUCGGGGAACCAGAGAGGUCUGUCUAUCGGCUGCAUGGUCAGGAGAUUGAGCUGCUACAGUGUUGUAAUGUUAGAGUUGUUGGGUUGGAUCGGCAAACAUGAUGUUUUAUUUCAUGGGAUUGGUCUAUGGUAUCAAGAGAUCCGAGUGUACACCGUUAUGGAAAACUGGAUUGUGCAGUUCGUUGAUUGCGCAGUUCCUGGAUCGCGCAGCUCCUUGAUCGAGCUGCCGAAACGCUUUGAGGGUGUAAUUAGUAGGCUAAUGGGGGUGUAUUAGCAAGAUUGGAAUAACGAUACACAUGCAUUUGGCAGUUUGUUUGGUAAUCAACCCAGCAAGGUACCACUCUACAGCAUACUGGAGAUACUUGGUUGGAGUUCUAACCAAUCACCGUUCAGAAUCAAGGACAGCAUGACUUGUGAGCCAACUGGAACGCUUAAGAAGGAAAGAAGCUGCAACACUGGAUCUUUAAGGAUAUAGCAGUUUGGUAAGCAUUUUAUGUGUGUGCGGCAGGUGAAUCGUCGAAAUGGGUCGUGUACAAACAUGUAUAUAAACACAUGCUUUAUUUGUGUGUGUGUAUAAAGGGUUACCCCCACUGACAAAGGUCAACCAACUGGGCCCAAUUUCAUGGCUCUGCUUACCGUAAGCACAGAAUCGGCGCUUACGGGAGCAGGGAAUUAUGUGC